GACCCCCACGUGCGCGGAGGGGCGCGGAGGGCGCAACGGAUGGAGGAGGCGGCGGGGGGGACACCGAACCCGAACCCGAACCCCAACGCGGGGAGGGCCCGAAUGGGGCAGCCCCCAGCGCAGCCCCCCCCCAAGGGCCGGGAGCUCUUCAGAGGACAACGGAAGGAGUCCGAGGGCUCCGUGGAUUUCCCCACCGUGGAGUUCGAAUAUGGGGACACCGACAGCCGCGGUGCAGAGCUCGCAGAGCUGUACAGCUACACUGAGGAGCCCGAGCUCAGCACCAACCGGCGAUGCUUUGAGGAGGAGUUUUGCCCCCAAGCGCGGGGCCGGCAGUGGCCGCAGCUGGACACGGCGCAGCAGAAGGCCCACAUCCUGCGGCUGCUGGAGGGGCUGGAGGUGGUCAGCAGGGAGCGGCGGCUGCGGGCGGCGCGGGCCAUCCUCUACCUGGCACAGGGAGUGUUUGGAGACUGUGAGAGCGAAGGCGAUGUCCUGCACUGGUCACGGCACAACAGCUUCCUGCUGUACCAGCUGGGCACCUUCAGUGCCUUCCUGGAGCUGCUCAGCAUGGAGAUCGACAACAGCCAGGCGUGCAGCAGUGCACUGCGGAAGCCAGCCAUCUCACUGGCCGACAGCACUGAGCUCAGGGUGCUGCUCAGCGUCAUGUACCUGCUGGUGGAGAACAUCCGUGUGGAGCUGGAAACGGAUCCCCCGGAGUGGAAAUCUUGCCGGGAGACCUUCAGGACAGAGCUGAGUUUCCCCGUGCGCUCCGAUGAGCCCUUCGCUCUCUUGCUCUUCACGAUGGUGACCAAGUUCUGCAGCGGCCACGCUCCUCACUUUCCUAUGAAGAAGGUCCUGCUCCUGCUCUGGAAGGUGCUCCUGUUCACGCUGGGAGGAUUUGAAGCCCUGCAGACAAUGAAGGUGAGGAGGAGGGAGGAGCUGGGGCUGCCACCCCUGCCCGAGGACAGCAUCCAGGUGAUGCGCAGCAUGCGUGCCGCCUCACCGCCCACCUGCUCCAUUGAGCUGGCCGAGCAGCAGCAGAAGCGUGGGCACCGCAGCCGGAGGCCCCUGAUGAAGCAAGACAGCCUGGAUAUCUACAACGAGAGAGACCCCUUCAAGAACGAUGAAGCAGGAGUUGACGAAGAGGAGGGUGAUGAAGUGGAUGGUGGGAUUGAGGGGGAGCUGGACCUGAUGGAGAGGGAUGCGCUCCUCCCUACCAUACCAGCCCAGCGCCCGCCUAUUGAACGGGUGUUGUUCCCCAAAGGGCUGCCCUGGGCCCCCAAAGUCAGGCAGAAGGACAUUGAGCAUUUCCUGGAGGCGAGCAGGAACAAAUUCAUCGGCUUCACUCUGGGACAGGACACCGAGACCCUGAUAGGGCUGCCACGGCCCAUUCAUGAGAGCGUGAAGACGCUGAAGCAGCACAAGUAUAUUUCCAUCUCAGAUGUCCAGAUCAAGAAUGAGGAGGAGCUGGAAAAGUGCCCCAUGUCUCUGGGGGAAGAGGAAGUCCAAGAAACCCCUUGUGAGGUCUUGUAUCGAGCAAUACUAUACAACCUCCCCCAGUAUAUGAUUGCUCUGCUGAAGAUUCUGCUGGCCGCAGCGCCCACCUCCAAGGCCAAGACUGACUCCAUCAACAUCCUGGCAGACGUCUUGCCUGAGGAGAUGCCCAUCACCGUCCUGCAGAGCAUGAAGUUAGGGAUUGAUGUGAACAGGCACAAGGAGAUUAUUGUGAAGAGCAUCUCGGCACUGCUGCUGCUGCUCCUCAAGCACUUCAAGCUGAACCAUAUCUACCAGUUUGAGUAUGUGUCCCAGCAUUUGGUGUUUGCCAACUGCAUCCCGCUGAUCCUGAAGUUCUUCAACCAAAACAUCAUGUCCUAUAUCACUGCCAAAAACAGCAUCUCUGUCCUGGAUUACCCACACUGUACAGUCCAUGACUUGCCUGAGCUCACUGCAGAAAGCCUGGAAGCUGGAGACAACAACCAGUUCUGCUGGAGAAACCUAUUCUCCUGUAUUAACCUGCUGAGGAUCCUCAACAAGCUGACCAAGUGGAAGCACUCAAGGACAAUGAUGCUGGUAGUCUUCAAGUCGGCCCCAAUACUGAAGCGAGCUCUGAAGGUGAAGCAGGCCAUGAUGCAGCUGUACGUCCUCAAACUUCUGAAAAUCCAGACCAAAUACCUGGGGCGCCAGUGGAGAAAGAGCAACAUGAAGACCAUGUCGGCCAUCUACCAGAAGGUGCGGCAUCGCAUGAACGACGACUGGGCGUAUGGCAACGAUAUUGACGCGAGGCCGUGGGACUUCCAGGCUGAAGAAUGCACGCUGAGAGCCAGCAUCGAAGCCUUCAACAGCCGGAGAUACGACAAACCUCAGGAUUCAGAGUUUGCACCGGUGGACAACUGCCUGCAGAGUGUGCUGGGCCAGCGGCUGGAGCUCCCUGAGGACUUCCACUACUCCUACGAGCUGUGGUUGGAGCGGGAGGUGUUUUCCCAGCCCAUCCGCUGGGAAGAGCUGCUGCGCUACCAGUGAGAGCCACCACAUCACCCAUCCCAUCCCAGCAGGGACUCCAGGUGCUACACAGCAAGGAAAGGAAGAUAAUUAUAAGUAAAGCUGGAAGAAAAUCACCUUUUUAAAGAGUCCAGGCCUGUCUGUAACCAUCCAGACACCCCAACUCUCAUUUUCUUGGACGUCUUCCCUUUGUUGUGACCUCUUGGAGGCCGUGAGGUACCGACAGACCUGCAUGGAGGCUGAGGACCAGGUUCCAGCAUCUCGUUGGUGCCAACAUCAGGAGUGGCCUCACCUGGCUUUCACUGCAUAUUUACAACUGUGUAUGAGAGAUCUGAGUCCGUGUUGUCCCUUAGCUUGUUAAGUCUGUUGUAAGAGUAUCUCAGCCUUGAUAGGUCUUCAUCUCACCCAGAUGCCUCAAGCUGAGCUGAUGUGUUUUCAUUUGUUCAGUCACGAUGACGUGCUUCAAACACCACUCUGCUAUGAUGAAGUAAAAAACACAAAAUAGGUGACACUAUCUAUGACAGUAGAUAUCCAACAAGUAGAGUUGGAUGAUUUGGACAAAGGGGAUGACAUUACCACUUGUCCCCAGGGCAGCAUCACUGCUGGGAUUGUACAGCAGAUUUACAGAAUUCUUCCACAAUUUUUGCAUUGGUCACUAGGGAUAGUAAUGCAUUACCUUUACCACUGCUACACUUUGCUUCACCCCUCUGCUCACUGCUAUGAGAGUAAAAUGAACAACAAGCUGUGCAGGACAUAGAGCUGCAGGGGAGGUUCACUGCAAUGUUUCUCUCCACCUGCAGUAAGUCCAGAAUUAUUGGCCCAGAAGUUACUGACCCAAACUACAGGAUGUCUAAACACACCACACAAAGGCUUUUUUUUCUCAUCGAGCAAGAUGCUCCAUUACACAGUCCAUACAGGAAAAUAAAAUGCAGCAGGCUGAUUGUUUUUGAAGGAUAAUUACUGCAACAUUAGGUUUCCAGAGAGCUUUCUUCAUUGCUCUUUACCCUCUGCAGCCCUACAGGAGACAGUAAAUGCCAUGUCUUCUGGAAAAUAACCUGAUUUUUGCACAAGUUUUGGGUUCUCUGGCAGGAUGUUUGUACUGACUCUUAAAGUGGGAAGGAAGAGUGCUUUGGGUACCACUUUCCUGCCAUCAUAUGACAGAAACAGCAGAUGGUGCAGUCCAGAACGUUCAGACUCACACAACAAGCUGUGAGUAUGGCGACAGAGUAUGAAAGAUUAUAAAAGAUGAAAGAUUAUAUCUUUUUCUACAGAAUGUUGUCAGCCACGCACAGGGAAUCCUGGUCUAUUCUUUCUUUCCUUAUGAAAUCAGUUCUUUUGUCAAAGAAAAAUGUGUCAAUAUAGUGCAGCCAAACUGGACUUCUCCCACGCUGUACUGCUACCGACAUAGUGAGCAUGCAAGUGAUAAGACCACAGGUAUUCGUCAUGGCAGGAUUUGUGCUUAUUGCUGUGGAAUUGAACUGAGAAUGUUUCCUUAAUGUGGUUUGCAAAAGGCACUUUUGAAAGAGCUGCCACCAGUAAACCCGCUCACCUUUUUAAGAAUGCUUCUGUUCACAAUAAACCAGAGUGACUUUUCAA